AAUACAAUCACUUACCGGCAUCAAAAUGUACAAACCCAAAUCACCAACGAUAGCUCGAACAACAUAACCUCUAUUGAGGCGAAGCUUGACGAUCAAUGAGAGUACAGAUACAUUCAAUUAUCUUGCGCUCUACGAAGAGGAUAUUGAUCGUUGAUCGCCCAGCUCAGUUCGCUGCCUCACAUAAGGAACGCCUUCGGCGUAACCGGUAGACUAUGGGGCGCAGCUUGAUGUUUCACCAUCUUACCAAUUAUGCGAGCAGCAGAAGCAGAGGCUUAUGUGUUUCUUUAGGGCAAACUCAGACAGAACUUCUUCAACUUCCAUGUGAUUUUACAGUCAGACGGUAUAGCAAGGGCAAGAAAACGCUGGAAUGCAUUCUUACUUCUGACAUUGAUAAAGUUGGAACGGCAGGGGAGACCGUGAAAGUUGCCCCCGGUUAUUUUCGAAACCAUUUGAUGCCCAAAUCACUUGCUUUACCAAACCUUAAUAAAUAUGCCCAACUCAUUGCAGAGCAAAACAAGAUUUAUCAGCGUCCGAAAGAAGAGAAGAAAGUGGAGGUAGUUCAGAGAUCAGAAGAACAACAGAUGGAUGAGUUUAAAACUGCAGUAAGGCGUUUGUCCAAUGGACGUUUGGGGCUACGGAGACUUGUUCUAAAUUACGGAAAAGAGUUACGUUAUCCUGUGACAAAGGAAGAAAUUUUGGACGAGGUGAGGAGGCAACUACAAGUGAGUCUAGAAAAGGAGAAUUUAAUUAUGCCAGAAAAUUUAACAAUGUGUGGGGAGUAUGAAUUGCCUUUGCGGUUGCCAAAGGUGAUUCCAUUGGUUGAUGGCAAUACAAAUAUUCUCUUAAAAGUUAAAAUCCAAAGGAAGUAGCAGUGUAUUCUCUUUAUUGACAAUGGUAUGCAUUUUCUGCUAUAUGUUUGGCAGUAUUGCUGCAUUGGUGUUAAAUUUUUCCAAUUUUGAAUGUUUUCUGUCGCCAGAGCCAGAGCUUCAUUCUGGAUUGAUCAAAAUCAGAUUUGGCUUUCUCCAUUUCUGAUGAUUUGUUGAAUUUGAAUCUUUGUUCAAGUAAGGAAUAGACUGCGUUUAUUCUUAGCA